CAGGGGGCCUCAGAAUGACUAAUCGUUUAAAAUGAGACAUAACCAGCAUGUAAAGACAUCUUAAAAUAUCUAAAAACCAAGAUAUUUCUUAUUAUUUGCCAUUAUUAUAUUGAACAGAUGUCAAGCUCUGAAAUGAUUUAUUGGGUAGAAGUGGGAGGGGGGCUUUGAAUAUGGUUGAAUACAGUGGGGGGCCUGAUGCUUUUAUCCAAACCACUUACGAAUGAGAGCUGUUUAAAUAUCAGACAGACUGCUUGCACACACUGGAUUAAAGCAGACGUCCUUUGACGAAGUUGCCUCAAGGCUUUGAUAAACUUGACUUUUGUUCACAUUGUUAUUUUUGACGCACAGAAUUGUUUACACUGACAAACAUCAACUUCACACGUGUUCUUACUGAACUCUCUCAGUUCAUGCCAUUGCUGAUUUCACGCUGUGCUAUUUUGUUUGUCCUUCAUGUCAUUAGAUGUUUCAAUCGAUGAACUGUGACUACUGUCAAAUGAAGGUGAAGUAAAUGCGAAGUCAUAUCUCAAUGUCAAGAGGUGUGUUGUUGAAACGCUAGUUCUCAUCAUGUCACAGAGACAUGAAAUAUUUCUGGACAGAAGGACGGACGGCUCUUUUCUGUCCAGCGGGUGUGGUUCACAUUACAAACAGAGACAUUUAACAGUCAAAGUCUGUGCCCUUCUUCAUGUUUAAACACGCCACUGUUCAAAGAAACAUGCAAAGCAGUGUGUAGCCAGCGCGUUGACUGUUUGACGUGCUUAAAGUGAGGACUCGAUGUGAAAGUUUAGGAUCUCACAACAUUCUCUUUUCACACAAACGGUAACCACCGUCGCCGUUCAGCAGCGCCGCGCGUUCAUCUGCCAGCGACUCUGAAAGGAUUCAUUACGGCACAAGGUUUCCAUAUAUUAUAAAAUGUUCUCUGGCUGCACACGGACAGUAUUUGCAUACAGUUAGAGCGCGUCUGCGGAUGACAGUACUCUACUGUACGGCCCCAUCAUAACGUCUGUUUCCUUCAUCAGUGGAAAAACAACCAAACAAUAACAAAUGCGAAACAGUGGAAACAGGUGACUUCUUCAUCCUCAUGGCCUUUUUGGUUCAUGACAAAAUCAAUCGUACUUGUAUCUAAAGGCUAAAAUACACUACGAGACUUUUGCUCAGAUUUUCAGUCCGGACUUGUUGCAGAAAGUCUGUGCCAGUCUGCAGAUUUGAUCGGCUAGUGUGUUUCUAUAUGAAACUUUCCAAAAGUCUGCAAGCGUGUGAUGUCUAGGGUAAAAAAAAUCGAUUCAGAUUUAAAAAAUCUUGUAGUAUGUUCCAGCCAUUAAUGACAUUACCUCCAGACAAAAGCACUUAUCGUGUGGUGUGCGACUGUAAUAAACGCUCUUCAAACAUGAUGAUGUGAGAGACUCAACAUCGACCGACCGACUGCAUCCUUCAGGUGUGUUAAUGUCGAACACCAAAACCGCCCCGCGCUUCGUUAAAAUGCGGCGAUAUGUUUACGACCCAGUCAAAGAGACGCAUAACUGAUGGAAAGCUUUGAGUGUCGGGACAAAAGAAAAGAACAUCUGUUAGGUCUACAGAAAUCUAUUCACCUUCCCGAGCUGCGAUGUUAACCGAUAGUAAACAGUAAAAGAAGCCAUUUGAAUUGCCUUUGUCCCAGUUUAGGUGACUUAAACCCAACAGACAAUCAGCUGGAACGUGAAAUAAAAGCAAAAUUUUACUAGCAGUUCAGGCUGUGCGUGCUCCUGUUAGAGCGGCCGUGCCCUUCAGCCGGCAGCGGCACAAGAGCAUUUGCAUGGCAGGUCCAGUUAAAUGAGGAGACCAGAUUCUCUCUACCUGGCAUGCAAACCAGCGGAGCUGCAGUUAAAGCACACGCGCACACACUCUCUCUCUCUAGAGAUAUGGAAAUGAGCUCUGAGAUUUACUCUCUAGACAUUGAGCAGUACCGGUCAGUGCGAGGAGAUUUCACUUUCAGCGGGACGCCGUUGAUCUGGAUCUUAAAGAUGCCUCGCUCAUUUCUGGUGAAGAGAAAACAGGCGGCGUGUGCCGGGUGGCAGUGGAGAGAAUCUGACACCUGCAUGACUCCAAACACAGAAGAUGUGCAGACACACUGUGACGCUGGUCUGGAAUCAGUGCCUGAUGUCCCUCAGCCCAUCCACAAACACACAGCUGCUGCUCUGGAGUCAGUGCGGGCCUCUCGCUCUGUCGAUUAUGGGAUGGAGAGAGUUCAAGCUCAGCCGCUGCACGAAAGCUCCCGUCUGUCGCCUGCGUUAACAACGGCACCACAGAACAAAGUGCGUGAAUCGGGUGGAUCUUCAGAGUUUCUGUGUUCUGUGUGUCAUAAAGUGUUUCCUUUGCAGCGCAUGCUAACCCGUCACCUGAAGUGUCACAGUAUGAUUAAACGACACCCGUGCAGGUACUGCGGUAAAGGCUUCAACGACACCUUUGACCUGAAGAGACACAUGCGAACACACACAGGUAUCCGUCCCUACAGGUGCGAGCUGUGUGACAAAGCGUUCACGCAGCGAUGCUCACUGGAGUCUCACCUGCGUAAGAUCCACGGCGUGCGGCAGCAGUACGCGUACCGUCAGCGACGCUCAAAGAUCUUCGUGUGUGAGGACUGCGGCUUCACCUCGAACCGACCGGACGAAUAUUUCCUGCACGUGAGACAGCAGCACCCGGGCAGCCCGGCGCUGCGCCGUUAUUACCGCAAACACAUGCUCGAGAGCCCCGCGCAGCACGGCAUCAGCCCCUUCGUGCUCUACCCGCCGGCGGGGAUCUACAUGUGAACGCGCGCGCGAGCCCGCUGUCAGGUCUGUUGACUGUGUCCUCACGGCUGAACUGUGAUGAAAGACGCAAAAGGUUCCUCUGGACAGCAGCACCGAUGAAGAAGAUGCGACCGGAAGUGCAUGACAGUCACGCAUACAGUGGUAGCGCUGUCCGCACUGGAACAAAUGACUUAUUAAAGAUUUAAUGUGUAGCUUUGAGAUGAUUUCAAGACACAGCACACGAGCAAAAGAGUCAAGAGUCAGAAGAACGACUGAUGUAGACAAAAACAACUGCAAGCCUAGUGUCUGCUUUACUUUCAGCUUUGUGUAUUAUUUGUGUAUUAGAAUAAACCCAUAUUUCCUCAUAUGCCUUUUCUGUUGAUUAACUUAGUCAAAUAAAUACUUUAGCAAGUUUUCUCUAUUUUUAUGUACUAUACAUCUCCUAUGUAAAUGUGGGUUUUAACAUUCUAUCAAGUUGAACAUUUACAUUUGACAACAGGAGGUCAUUCAUUUAAUGCAAAUGUACAUUAUUUAUUAAUCCUGUGAUUCACAGAUAUGACAGAUGAUUGUGACAUGUCAUUGUGUUGUGUUUAUAGGCAGGAAUCCUCCCUAUAAGCAGACUACACAAGUGUCUAGGGCCCUGCACCACCAGGGGCCCCCUUGAGCGCUGAUUCAAAAACACUUUUGUAAACAAGAUGCUAUUUGUUUAACUUGCGCAUGCAGUUUUACAGGAAUCAAUUGGAAAUUUCCUAUUUAAUUACUGUGGCUUAUUUAAUUAACAAGGCUUCAAAACUGAGCUAUUCGUCUGGAGCGGAAAUAACAGCAACAUGAAGCAAAAGAACAAGAAGGCAUGUGUUUUAUUUAGUUCUGCCAAAUUAUGCAAUGAAUUGCCUUACAAAACAAUUCGCAAGGACAAAUUUACAUAUUCAGUAUUUGUCCACUGUAUUUGGUUUGCACAUGAAAAUAUGUAAUAUUUAGUUUGUGCAAUCACAUUAUUGAUUUGUUUUGGUAUGCUUAGCUUUCUUCAGUAUAAAUACAGUUUUAUUUAUCAUGCUUUAUUUUGGUUAGUAAAUCACCCAUUUUGUUAGAUAAAACACACAGCCUUUGCAUGUUAUAGUUGUUUUUUGACAGCUAGAUGGUUCCAGAGCAACGCGUUAGGUAAAUAAUUACUUCAGGUCAAUAAAGUUUUUUAUUUAAUUUAAUACCUAAUUGUUCGUACUGUCAGUUUAAUGUUUUUUUUUUGUCUUUCAGUCAUUUCUUUAACUGUGUUAAUUGAUUUAUUACUUUUUAUUUCUUUACAGUUAUGUUUAUAUCAAAUUUUAACUGUCAGUACAAGGGCCCCUCAGAAGUUUGCUUAGGGCCCCCAGACUUCUGUUUAUAGGAUUAUAUAGAUUUAUUUUACGGAUGAAAGCUGUGACUAUACAGGACAGUUUCAGCUUCACACGUGUAUGAGAAUGAGCUUUGUGUUUAAAAAACAUCAUCAUUGCAUUGAUGCUUUUUAAGAGUCAACUUGUAAAUGAAAGUUAACAGGGUACUGUCUAAAGAAUAAUGACCGAAAACUGUUUAAUUCAAUCAGUCAAUCCAGGUUCUCUUUAAAGGUGAAGUACAUCAAACAGAAUCACAUCAAUGACAGUCAUCUCUCAUUGGGCUCUGUGUAUGUGUGUGUGGUUGAAUACUUUCUGUUUAUUUCAUUUGUGAAAACAGAAAUAUUACUGGACUUUGCAUCUUACAUUUCCAUUUACUCUUUUCAACACACAUUCCUUCUGAAAACAUCAGAAAUGUGUAUUGUGACGAAAUGUAAAUUGAACG